UACAUAAGUUUUUUUAGUUUGCUUUCGAAAGAGCCUCGCAUAAUUAUUUUUACACUCACUUGCGUUCUUCGUGCGAGAACGUCUUUUGCACAUAAAAACAUUAAAAGUUUAUCGAUAAACUUCCAUCACUAACCAAACUGCUCUCUGAUCUUGUUUAACGAGUGUGGUGAUAAGAAUAUGACGUGUUUUAUUAAAAUACUGUUUAUUGUGUUGUGCUGUCAGUUGUGUGCUUGUAAACCUAAGCUGAAUACCGCGUUCGCUUGGAAGCAGUUGAGCUAUGAAAUCGAUGGCGUGCUUUACAACAAGGACACGAAUCUGCGCGUGCGACCCAACGCCAUCUACUUUGACAACGACGUGCCUGAUGAUGAGAAGUUUUUUAUCCAGUACAACAACGUGCCCAGUGGCGUUGAGGUUUAUAAGGACAGAGUCUUCGUCACCGUGCCUAGACGACGGUUCGGUAUUCCAUCCACCCUCAACUACGUCCGUCUGUCCUCCGACAAGGCGCCCGUGCUGAAGCCAUACCCUGAUUCCAGGAACGACCAGCUGGUGUCCCUCUAUAGGCCUAGGGUCGACGCCUGCGGCAGGCUGUGGGCGGUUGACACGGGAUUGUUGGAGGUGCCAGAUGCACGGACACAGCUGCAGAAGCCAUCAAUCGUGGUAUUCGACUUGAAAACAGACAGGCUGCUACUGAAAUACGAAUUGAAGGACUCCGACCUGAUAAGCGAAAGAUCUCCAGGAGGUCUAACCUCCAUCACAGUAGACGUCACCGCCAACACCUGCGACGACGCGUACGCCUACAUCAACGACCUGGCCACGGAGGGCAUGGUCGUCUUCUCGCUGAGGAAGCUGGACAGUUGGAGGAUAGAGCACGAGACCUUCAAGCACGAUCCUACUGCUCUUAACUUCACUGUUGGAGGUAACGUCAUAACCUGGCGCGACGGAUUAUUCAGUAUAUCGCUGUCGGAGCCGGACCAGCACGGGACGCGGCUGGCGUACUAUCACCCCAUGGUGUCCCUGAACGAAUACACCGUCACUACCGACUUUCUGAAAACGCCGGGUCGAACACCAACUUUUAAGACUCUAGGCACCCGAGGUCCACUAACACAGAGCGGCAUGCACGGAUACCACGCGGGCACACGCACCCUGUUCUACGCGAAUCCCGCGCAGGACGCCAUCUUGUGUUGGCACGUCACAAACAAGAUGGCGCCCGAAAACGUCGCCAUUGUGGUGCAGGAUCACAAGAAAUUGCUGUACAUCUCAGAUCUAAAAGUUGUCGGCGACGACGUCUGGGUGCUUGUUAAUCAAAUGACAAGAUUCAUUUUCUCUACUCUGGAUGUUAGCGAAGAUAACUUUUUUAUCCAUAGGGCAAAUGUAAAAGAUUUAAUCAGAGGAACAGUCUGUGAGCACCGAGGAGACGACGGAAAAAUUGUUUUCCAGGACUACUAAUGAUUACUAACUACAGCUAUACUCAACCUGCGGCCCGCCGGGACUUUAUCAAAGACUUACGGGGACUUUAUCAGUGGCCCGCGUGAAAUUUACACUCACCGGCAAAAUAGUGCGCCUCACCGGUAAAAUUUUCGCGACUUUCAGUGCGACGACUGCAGUGAAAAUCGUGAAAAUUUUCUACUUUUAAAACUCUAAUUUUGUUAAGAAUGUUUUUGGAACCUUUAAAUUUCGGUUGCGGCCCGCGAUACUAAGAUCAAAACGUGUUUGUGGCCAGUAUGAAAAAAGGUUGAGUACCACUGAA